GCCCACAUAGUUGACCCAAGAGCGCCAUUCAGUGUUGGACUGGACCAAUCAGGAGACACUUUACUCAGGGAGGAAGAGGUUAGUGAUUUCACACUGCUUGUGAAUAAUUCUGAAGUGAGCAAGAGCAGCCAAAUAGCAUAUGACUGUGCUCUUACACUAGAGUCAGAUGACACUUUCAGCACUGAUCCCAAAAUCUCUCCUAGUCAACUCAUCCAAACUCCCUGUAUGGAAAUCACUAACCCCUUUCUCAACCCAUUAUUACCGCAGAGUAUUCAGGGGAAUGAGGAGGAUGCAAACACUGACCCCAAUACCACAGGGGGACUGGACACAUCAGAGGUCAUUUUACUCAGUGAAGAGGAAAUGAGUGAUCAUGUGCCGCUUGUAAAUGAAGUGAGUGUCAGUAGCCAAAUGACGUGUGAUGAUAGAACUCUCACAACAGAGCCCUGCCAAACAGAUGAGGCUUUGAGCACUGAUCCCAAUAUCUUUGCUAGUCAACUCAACCAAACUCCAUACUCGGAUGAAAGCCAUAACUCUUUUCCCAAUUCACUCUUACUGCAGAGUGUUCAGGACCAAGGUGAUAAUGCAGCAAACACCGACUCCAAUCAGAGUCCUUCUCCAAGCAGGAGGAGAAAGAUGGGGUCGACUCGUAGGCAUCCUAGAGGUGUACAAAGAGAAGAGGAAGGCACAGAGGAGAAACAAGAAGGGGAAAUAGAAAGCACAGAGGAGAUAGAAGACAAGAGAGAAAACAUGGAUGCAGUGGAAGGUUCUUGCAUGGAGUUUGAAAUGUUGAUGGAAUCUAAGGAUGGAGCUGGUAAUGAGAAGAAUGAAGGAGAAGAGAGAAAUGAGGAGACUGUCCUGACUGACCUCAGCUGGUCAUUCAGUACUUCAAAUCAAGAGGGAAGAAACAUAGAGGCUGACAAUAUAGAAAGUGAGAGCCAAUCAAUUAUAAAGGACUCAAUGGACACAAAACUCUUGCUUCUACGUGAAGCAGAGUUGACUCAGAUUAGUCAAACUCUUCACAACCCUUACCCUGAUGUUCCUACUAUAGAGUCAUAUGACUCCUACCUGACCGAUGACACACUGAACUCAAAUCCUGCCAUCACUGGUUUGCAACACAAAGGAACAUCAUUGGAGGAAACACUUGAUGAAUCAAGAGGAAACACUGACUCCCCUCCAGAUCCACCUUCACUGCAGAGUUCUCUUGGUCCAGAGGAAACAGCAGAGGUAGAAUCCUACACUCCAGGGAGGAAAAGGAAGAUCGGUUCCACUCGCAGCAAGACUCAUCGAGGUAGAAAAGGAGAGGAGAGAAGAGAGGAGGGACAGAAGGAGGAGAAAGGAGAAGACACAGAUGUUAUAGGAGAGGUGGGAGAUGUCAUUAUAACAGCAGAAAUGGAUUCUAGCAUAGAAAAGACUGAGCUUGUAGAGCUUGAGGAACUUCUAGAAAAAGUGACAGAGGAGCAGGCGAUGGGAGACCCAGCGAUCAUAGUAGUGGAGGGAGAGGUCAACAUAGUAGUAGAAGGAGAAUCUGGCAUCGAAAAGUCUGAGCUUGUAGAACAUACAGAAAAAGUUGGAGAGGCGGAGGAGAUAGAAGUAGAAGUGAAAAUAGUCGCAGAGAGCGAGAGCAACCAAACUCCCUCUGACACAGCAGCUCUUACAGUAGAGGCCCAAGAGUCAGGUGACAUGGUUUGUAUAGAGCCAUAUAUAACAUCACAAAACAUGGAAGACAAUAAUCCCUCAUUAAAUGACCUCACAGAAUUAAAUCUGUCUCAAACUGAAAACCCAUAUCUGCUGGAAUCACCUGACACUGCAAAGAAGAGAAGGAAAAGGGGUUCUACUCGUCGGAAUAAAGGUAAACAAGCAGAGACAGACUUUGGGGAGAAACAAGACGCCAAAACUGGAGACGCAGAAAAAUCCCUACAACUUCAGGCGUCCAUUGCAGUUGUGGAAUCCUGGUCCUACAGCAACACAGAAGAGCUCCUGGGUCCAAAAGAAAGUGAAACGGACACUGAGUGUCUUUUGUUUGCUUCUAACACACUCGACCAACCGGAUGACAGAUGUAAAGAGGAAGUUGGUGAGGAUAUUGAACCUGGUAGUGAAGCUGUGGCUAGUUAUAGCAGUGAAUUGCUUCAAGAUACUCUUGGAACCAAAUCACUCUUGCAUCUGCCCCUAGACCUUGCGUUGCAAGUUGUUCAUGGAUUCGCUGCUGAACCCAUAACAGAGGAGUUGAAGAAAGAGGAAGAGAGGAGGCAGGAAAGUGAGCAUGCCGAGGUGGAGUCCUCCACAUUUCUCAGCUCUAGGCAUUCAUUAGAUCAAUCCCUUGAGUCAGACACUUUAACCAACACAGAAGAGUUUGAGUCAUUCAAUAACACAAUAAUCCUCCAAAGUGGAGAAGGUGAAGAGAAACUUGAACCUGUUGUAAAUGAGUCAGAAUUGCAAGAUGAUAUUAACUCUACUGGUCCAGGCAAUCAGGAAACAUUGCACCAAAGAGAUGAAGAUGAGAACUUUGUUGAUCUGAUAGUUGAGGAAAAUAUUGUACUGGCAAAUAUAACUCAUUUUAGACAACCAGACCAUGUAGAAAGCUAUGAACCUGAACAAAGUGAGGAUAUUACCUGCUUUUUACAAUCAACCCCCUCAGACAGCUCUUUGGGUCAUGACAAAAGUGCUCAAUCAGAAUCCAGGAGAAGAAAGAUGGGUUCAACUCGCAGGAAUCCUAGAGGUAGACAUGAGGAGGAAGAACAUGGAGAGAGUAAGAUGCGUAUAUAUCGUCACCUUUAUGAUGAGGGAGAAGAGGUCAUAUUGGGAAAAGAAGAAAUGUUUGGCAUCGAAGAGACUGAGUUUGAAAUAUCUAUGGAGCCUAAAGAUAGCGCCAGUGUAGACGAGAAAGAAGGAGAGCAGAUGGAAAAGGAGAAUUUCCAAACAGAGGAAGACACAGAAAACAUAGAAGAGACAGGAAGGAGGUUAGAGUGGGACAUGGGAACAGUGGAAGGAUCUGGUGUUGAAACAUCGGAAGAGUCUCUGAUGUUAUUGGAACGCGAGCAUGGAGCAGAUGAGGAGAAGAAAGGAAUGGAAGAAGAAAGUCUGAUUGAACCCACCCCUUUUGAUCAAUACAUCGAUUCAUUUGGUAUUGCAGAUCAAUUAUAUAACCAAGAGAAACGCAACAGAUUCACUGUAGACUCUGUCAAUACAGAAACUGAGAGCAACAAUGAAGCAAGCAUGGCCCACAUAGUUGACCCAAGAGCGCCAUUCAGUGUUGGACUGGACCAAUCAGGAGACACUUUACUCAGGGAGGAAGAGGUUAGUGAUUUCACACUGCUUGUGAAUAAUUCUGAAGUGAGCAAGAGCAGCCAAAUAGCAUAUGACUGUGCUCUUACACUAGAGUCAGAUGACACUUUCAGCACUGAUCCCAAAAUCUCUCCUAGUCAACUCAUCCAAACUCCCUGUAUGGAAAUCACUAACCCCUUUCUCAACCCAUUAUUACCGCAGAGUAUUCAGGGGAAUGAGGAGGAUGCAAACACUGACCCCAAUACCACAGGGGGACUGGACACAUCAGAGGUCAUUUUACUCAGUGAAGAGGAAAUGAGUGAUCAUGUGCCGCUUGUAAAUGAAGUGAGUGUCAGUAGCCAAAUGACGUGUGAUGAUAGAACUCUCACAACAGAGCCCUGCCAAACAGAUGAGGCUUUGAGCACUGAUCCCAAUAUCUUUGCUAGUCAACUCAACCAAACUCCAUACUCGGAUGAAAGCCAUAACUCUUUUCCCAAUUCACUCUUACUGCAGAGUGUUCAGGACCAAGGUGAUAAUGCAACAAACACCGACUCCAAUCAGAGUCCUUCUCCAAGCAGGAGGAGAAAGAUGGGGUCGACUCGUAGGCAUCCUAGAGGUGUACAAAGAGAAGAGGAAGGCACAGAGGAGAAACAAGAAGGGGAAAUAGAAAGCACAGAGGAGAUAGAAGACAAGAGAGAAAACAUGGAUGCAGUGGAAGGUUCUUGCAUGGAGUUUGAAAUGUUGAUGGAAUCUAAGGAUGGAGCUGGUAAUGAGAAGAAUGAAGGAGAAGAGAGAAAUGAGGAGACUGUCCUGACUGACCUCAGCUGGUCAUUCAGUACUUCAAAUCAAGAGGGAAGAAACAUAGAGGCUGACAAUAUAGAAAGUGAGAGCCAAUCAAUUAUAAAGGACUCAAUGGACACAAAACUCUUGCUUCUACGUGAAGCAGAGUUGACUCAGAUUAGUCAAACUCUUCACAACCCUUACCCUGAUGUUCCUACUAUAGAGUCAUAUGACUCCUACCUGACCGAUGACACACUGAACUCAAAUCCUGCCAUCACUGGUUUGCAACACAAAGGAACAUCAUUGGAGGAAACACUUGAUGAAUCAAGAGGAAACACUGACUCCCCUCCAGAUCCACCCUCACUGCAGAGUUCUCUUGGUCCAGAGGAAACAGCAGAGGUAGAAUCCUACACUCCAGGGAGGAAAAGGAAGAUCGGUUCCACUCGCAGCAAGACUCAUCGAGGUAGAAAAGGAGAGGAGAGAAGAGAGGAGGGACAGAAGGAGGAGAAAGGAGAAGACACAGAUGUUAUAGGAGAGGUGGGAGAUGUCAUUAUAACAGCAGAAAUGGAUUCUAGCAUAGAAAAGACUGAGCUUGUAGAGCUUGAGGAACUUCUAGAAAAAGUGACAGAGGAGCAGGCGAUGGGAGACCCAGCGAUCAUAGUAGUGGAGGGAGAGGUCAACAUAGUAGUAGAAGGAGAAUCUGGCAUCGAAAAGUCUGAGCUUGUAGAACAUACAGAAAAAGUUGGAGAGGCGGAGGAGAUAGAAGUAGAAGUGAAAAUAGUCGCAGAGAGCGAGAGCAACCAAACUCCCUCUGACACAGCAGCUCUUACAGUAGAGGCCCAAGAGUCAGGUGACAUGGUUUGUAUAGAGCCAUAUAUAACAUCACAAAACAUGGAAGACAAUAAUCCCUCAUUAAAUGACCUCACAGAAUUAAAUCUGUCUCAAACUGAAAACCCAUAUCUGCUGGAAUCACCUGACACUGCAAAGAAGAGAAGGAAAAGGGGUUCUACUCGUCGGAAUAAAGGUAAACAAGCAGAGACAGACUUUGGGGAGAAACAAGACGCCAAAACUGGAGACGCAGAAAAAUCCCUACAACUUCAGGCGUCCAUUGCAGUUGUGGAAUCCUGGUCCUACAGCAACACAGAAGAGCUCCUGGGUCCAAAAGAAAGUGAAACGGACACUGAGUGUCUUUUGUUUGCUUCUAACACACUCGACCAACCGGAUGACAGAUGUAAAGAGGAAGUUGGUGAGGAUAUUGAACCUAGUAGUGAAGCUGUGGCUAGUUAUAGCAGUGAAUUGCUUCAAGAUACUCUUGGAACCAAAUCACUCUUGCAUCUGCCCCUAGACCUUGCGUUGCAAGUUGUUCAUGGAUUCGCUGCUGAACCCAUAACAGAGGAGUUGAAGAAAGAGGAAGAGAGGAGGCAGGAAAGUGAGCAUGCCGAGGUGGAGUCCUCCACAUUUCUCAGCUCUAGGCAUUCAUUAGAUCAAUCCCUUGAGUCAGACACUUUAACCAACACAGAAGAGUUUGAGUCAUUCAAUAACACAAUAAUCCUCCAAAGUGGAGAAGGUGAAGAGAAACUUGAACCUGUUGUAAAUGAGUCAGAAUUGCAAGAUGAUAUUAACUCUACUGGUCCAGGCAAUCAGGAAACAUUGCACCAAAGAGAUGAAGAUGAGAACUUUGUUGAUCUGAUAGUUGAGGAAAAUAUUGUACUGGCAAAUAUAACUCAUUUUAGACAACCAGACCAUGUAGAAAGCUAUGAACCUGAACAAAGUGAGGAUAUUACCUGCUUUUUACAAUCAACCCCCUCAGACAGCUCUUUGGGUCAUGACAAAAGUGCUCAAUCAGAAUCCAGGAGAAGAAAGAUGGGUUCAACUCGCAGGAAUCCUAGAGGUAGACAUGAGGAGGAAGAACAUGGAGAGAGUAAGAUGCGUAUAUAUCGUCACCUUUAUGAUGAGGGAGAAGAGGUCAUAUUGGGAAAAGAAGAAAUGUUUGGCAUCGAAGAGACUGAGUUUGAAAUAUCUAUGGAGCCUAAAGAUAGCGCCAGUGUAGACGAGAAAGAAGGAGAGCAGAUGGAAAAGGAGAAUUUCCAAACAGAGGAAGACACAGAAAACAUAGAAGAGACAGGAAGGAGGUUAGAGUGGGACAUGGGAACAGUGGAAGGAUCUGGUGUUGAAACAUCGGAAGAGUCUCUGAUGUUAUUGGAACGCGAGCAUGGAGCAGAUGAGGAGAAGAAAGGAAUGGAAGAAGAAAGUCUGAUUGAACCCACCCCUUUUGAUCAAUACAUCGAUUCAUUUGGUAUUGCAGAUCAAUUAUAUAACCAAGAGAAACGCAACAGAUUCACUGUAGACUCUGUCAAUACAGAAACUGAGAGCAACAAUGAAGCAAGCAUGGCCCACAUAGUUGACCCAAGAGCGCCAUUCAGUGUUGGACUGGACCAAUCAGGAGACACUUUACUCAGGGAGGAAGAGGUUAGUGAUUUCACACUGCUUGUGAAUAAUUCUGAAGUGAGCAAGAGCAGCCAAAUAGCAUAUGACUGUGCUCUUACACUAGAGUCAGAUGACACUUUCAGCACUGAUCCCAAAAUCUCUCCUAGUCAACUCAUCCAAACUCCCUGUAUGGAAAUCACUAACCCCUUUCUCAACCCAUUAUUACCGCAGAGUAUUCAGGGGAAUGAGGAGGAUGCAAACACUGACCCCAAUACCACAGGGGGACUGGACACAUCAGAGGUCAUUUUACUCAGUGAAAAGGAAAUGAGUGAUCAUGUGCCGCUUGUAAAUGAAGUGAGUGUCAGUAGCCAAAUGACGUGUGAUGAUAGAACUCUCACAACAGAGCCCUGCCAAACAGAUGAGGCUUUGAGCACUGAUCCCAAUAUCUCUGCUAGUCAACUCAACCAAACUCCAUACUCGGAUGAAAGCCAUAACUCUUUUCCCAAUUCACUCUUACUGCAGAGUGUUCAGGACCAAGGUGAUAAUGCAGCAAACACCGACUCCAAUCAGAGUCCUUCUCCAAGCAGGAGGAGAAAGAUGGGGUCGACUCGUAGGCAUCCUAGAGGUGUACAAAGAGAAGAGGAAGGCACAGAGGAGAAACAAGAAGGGGAAAUAGAAAGCACAGAGGAGAUAGAAGACAAGAGAGAAAACAUGGAUGCAGUGGAAGGUUCUUGCAUGGAGUUUGAAAUGUUGAUGGAAUCUAAGGAUGGAGCUGGUAAUGAGAAGAAUGAAGGAGAAGAGAGAAAUGAGGAGACUGUCCUGACUGACCUCAGCUGGUCAUUCAGUACUUCAAAUCAAGAGGGAAGAAACAUAGAGGCUGACAAUAUAGAAAGUGAGAGCCAAUCAAUUAUAAAGGACUCAAUGGACACAAAACUCUUGCUUCUACGUGAAUCAGAUUUCGCUGAGAUUAGGGAAACUCUUCACAACCCUGAUGUUCCUACUCUUGAGUCCCAUCUGACUGAUGACACACUGAUUUCAACAGAUAAAGUUAGAGAGGUGGAGGAGAUAGAAGUAGAAGUGAAAAUAGUAAUGGAGAGCCAGAGCAUCCAAACUCCCUCUGACGCAGCAGUUCUUACAGUAGAGGCCCAAGAGUCAGGUGACAUGGUUUGUAUAGACCCUCAUAUCUCUGCUAUUCAACUUACCCAAACAGCAGACAUGGAACAAUGUCUGUUAACACAAAGUAAUAGCCCCAGUCUUCCUUCGAAAUCAUCUCUGUCUCUGAGUUCCCAAUCUCGCGAGGUUGUUGGUGAAUCCAAAGCUACAGGGAAUAGAAGAAAGAUGGGCUUUACUCAUCGGACACAGGGAGGACUCCACGCAGAGGAAGAGAAGCAGGAGACAGGAGAAAAUAUAACAGAGGCAGAGGUCAGAGCGGAAACCAUUGGAAAUCCAGAAGUCAAUGCUGUUUUGGAAAGAUUUCAAGAGGAGCGUAGGGCUGAAGCUGUCAGUCUGGAGGACCAACAGGAGAUACAGAGCACAGAGAAGGAGACAAUACUCAUAGAGGUGGUUGCCUCAAGCACUGUUUUGAGUGGAAAAGGGUCUGAACCAGUGGCUCCAGCUCCACAGCCAGGCCCUGGGAAUAAAAGAGGUCAAGAAAAGGCAGAGCGUGUGGAGAAGCCCCCGGGUACCUUCGGAAGCUCUGGCUCUAGUUCAAACCCCUACAACGUGGUGAUGGUUGGAAACAGCAGUGUGGGCAAAACCUCCUUCAUGAGGCGUUUCCAAAGUGGAGAGUUCUGUCUGCACCACGAUGCAACCAUUGGUAUUGAUACCUGUAUACAGUCUGUGACAGUGGAUGCAAGCCCAGUGACUCUACAGUUAUGGGAUACUGCAGGUCAGGAAAGAUUCCACAGCAUCACCAGACAAGUGUUCCACAAAGCCCAGGGUCUAAUGCUGAUGUAUGACAUCACUUCCUCUCAGAGCUUCUGUGACAUCUGCUACUGGAUCAAUUGCAUUCAGGAGGGGGCUCCAGAUGAUGUCAUCGUUAUACUCCUUGGGAACAAGACUGAUUGUGCUGAUCUAGAACGAGAGGUUCAGACUCAUGAAGGGGAGAACCUUGCAAAGGGGUACGACAUGCUCUUUAUGGAGUGUAGUGCUGCAACAGGUGACAAUGUGACUCUGUCUAUGGAAACUCUGGCAAGGAUGCUAAAGCAGCUGGGUGAGCAGACAAGACAAGAAGAGGGAAGCUUGGUGUUGCAGAAAGAACCCCCAAAGAAGAAAUCAGGCUGCUGCUGAUCAAGGUGGAGAAGAUUGGUACAUGUCAUAAUCUGCAGCACAUACACGCACGCACAUACGCACCCACGUACACACACACAUGCAUUUGUGCCCUAUAUGCCCUUAUGAUUGUAUUUUUACUUCUAAAUGUUCUAUAUGUAAUAUAUCAGAUUUAAAUUUAAAAAACAUUUGUCAAUGCAUGCCAAAGCAUAUACUGUAGUGGUAGUAAUGUGACGCUUGAGAUGAUUCUCCCUUUUCUACUUCUUUCAAACACUGUUUGUGGGGGGAAAAAUAUAUUUAUUCAAUUAUGAAGAGAUAUAUAUUCAUACCAACACUAUUUAUUUACAGUAGAUAGUGUCAUAUUACAAUUUAUUGUUGUGUUUCUUUUUGCUUGUAAAACAUCCACCUAUGCAGUUUAUACAAGCCUAAUAAAUACAUAAUACAUUCAAUUGCCUCCAUAAUUCCAGUCAUAUUGACAGAAAAUAUAAAAAAUUAUUUCUUUAACUAUUACUGUGAGUUCCAGGAGCUGCCACGCUCGUCCGAUCCGUCGAUCUUAUUGACUCACUGCUAUUAUCACAUUGUACCUAAUCUGUAUGGACUAGAAGAGACUAGAAGUCAGAGACGUUCAGAGUGUGAUUGCAUCGAUUGUUGUGUUGCCUCGUGGGUUCCAGAGCAACAGUAUGGCUAGCACCAACAGGCUGAGGAACACAGCAAACGCUAUGAAGAAGACUUCUGCUGCCCACUGGCCAUGCUGCACACCUGUCACCACCAGGGGGCGCUCUGAAGGGAUCAGGUUGGUCAGGUUCAACAUGUAGCCCAGCGUCCAGUUGAUGUCUGUG